AUGUCCGAGGUGCUGACAGUAGAUGCCAUUUUAUUUGGGCUUCUGGUUUUCUCUGGGAUCUUGGGGAACAUUCUGGUCAUCUAUGUGGUCUUUGAGUCGGCCACUGAAAGCUCGUUUCACCACCUCUCCCCCUCGGACACCAUCCUGGUGAACCUCUCUCUCGCCAACUUGCUGACGUCGCUCUUUCGCACUGUGCCCAUCUUCGUCUCUGAUCUGGGCCUGGAGGUGUUGCUGGCGCCCGGCUGGUGCCGCCUCUUCAUGCUGCUGUGGGUGUGGUGGCGCGCCGUGGGCUGCUGGAUCACCCUGGCGCUCAGCGCCUUCCACUGCGUCAAGCUGCGGCGCCAGCGGGUGAUGGUGGGGCCCUUGGCCCUGCAGCGGGAGCGCCGGCAGGUGUGGCUGGCCCUGGCGCUGGUGUGGGGCGUCAACCUGGCCUUCUCGCUGCCGGCGCUUGUCUACACCACGCACAUGCACGGCAAUGCCACCGUGGAGCUGAUGGUGAUCAGCUGCACCACGCGCCCGCUGCUGGGCUGUGUCUGGGAGUUCCCCAGUGCGGAGCAGGGCUCGGCGUUCGCCUCCACCUCGCUGGUGCUCAACGAGGUGGUGCCGCUCGUGCUCAUGAUGGGCACAAACCUGGCCACGCUGCUCACGCUGGCACGCCACAUCCGCUCCGUCACGGCCGCCGGCAAGGAGCAGCAGCAGGGCGAGCUGGCCAAGCACGUGGCCAGCGAGCGCAAGGCGGGUCAGGUGAUCAUGGCGCUGGUGUCACUGUUCGUGGUGUGCUGGGCGAUGCAAGUGGCGGCCGUGACCUACUACAACCACAACGGCGGGCACCACGCCGAGGGCCUGCUGACCGUCGCUCACUUCUCCGCCUCGCUCUUCGUGGGGUUCAGCCCCAUGGUGGUGGCCCUGGGGCAUGGCAAGCUGAGGAGGAGGAUUGUGGGAAUGAUCCUGGGCUGGGCAGACAGAGCCAAAUGCUCACAUGGUGGAACAGAAGAAGAGUUAGUGUCAGACAUGAGCAUCAGCAAAAAGACAGAGCUGAGUAAAGGGCAGACAGAGAGGGGGAUCAUAAAAGUGGAGGUGAGAGGUAAGACCUAGCUACACGUACAGGUGUGUCUGUACCUGACAGUAAAUGUGUGUGUGAAUGUUGUGGG